AUGGCAGAACAAGGGUCAUAUGAGCUAUUGCCCAAGACUCCAAGGCCUGCGGUGCAACCGGUCUCGCCCGAUGAUCGAGACGCGCCAAUCUCGCCACUCCUGCCGACGCACCCAGCCAAUGCGCUUGGCUCGGCAAAGGGCAAGACCAACAAAUUCCGGGUGGUUUUUUCUGUGUGGUCAUUGGAACUCGGGUCGCUUCUCCUGAGUCUGUUAUCAUUUGCUUGUUUAAUCACUCUACUAUUUGUCUACGACCGCGAGCCCAUUUCAAAAUGGACCAAGUUUCCACUGUCUUUGAACGCCGUCAUUUCGAUCCUUGGUACCAUUUCAAAAGCUGCCCUAGCGUUUGUUGUUAGCAUGUGCCUUUCACAAUGCAAGUGGAAUUGGGUUGGGAACUUUGCUGAGCCGUUGGUUGACUUUGACCGAUUUGAUGCUGCAAGCAGAGGGCCUUGGGGAAGUGGCCGACUUCUUAUAUCCAUGGUACGACGCCCCCACUGGGCUUCCCUGGGUGCGCUCGCAGCACUUAUUCUGAUUGCAUUCGAGCCUUUUCUCCAGGCUAUUCUCACCUUCAAAGACCAGACCAUCAGAGUCGACUUGAGCGAGCUGAAUGAGGCUGAGCCCACCAUUGGAAGCUGUUCUGUCUUAGAUGCAGGAAGCUGGACUGGUACAAACCAAAUCGCUCUUCUCAACGUCCCCUUCACCGGCUCGAACGGUAAAAAGCUGCUAUAUCAGGCUACCGUUGGCCGAAGGGUACGCGUCGACAUGGGAAUGACGGCUAGUCUUUGGAAUGGGUUCUCCUAUCUUGUCACGGCGGACAGUCUCUCACCAUCGUUCUCGUGCAGGACAGGAAACUGCACGUGGGCUAACUACACUUCGCUGGCCCUCUGCUCCAAGUGCCAGGAUAUUUCUCAACAUGUCAAGAAAACAACAGGCGUUAUCAAGGUACCCAAAGGGAUCAGUUCAAGCGGAUGGAUCCUCGGAAAGGGCGAAGAGCUUCCAGACAUCAGCAACACUAUCCCCGAGGCCAACAUGCGUCAGGUUGGGAAGACGCUGGACUACACAAAAUACACGGUUCCAGGAAUUAACCUGAAAAUAUCAAACUACAACGGAAAGACGAGGAGAGUAUCUGAAGAUGAGAAUUCGGCAUAUCCCGAUACCUACCUCACGACCACAGCCACGACAAACCCAGGGAAGACGUUGUUCUUCCGCGACUCUCGCACACUAGCCCUUGCUAUUCAGUAUUUUGAGGCGAAUCAAACUUGGCAAGACAACGAAACUACGUGGGAAGAUACCCCGGUUACGGCAAAGGAAUGUGGCCUCUACUUCUGCGUCAACCAGUAUGAGUCUGUGGUAGAGCAAGGAAUUUUGAAGGAAAAGGUGCUUGCUUCCUGGGCGAACAAGACCCUCGAUUCGUACACAGCCAGCGAAGGAGCACAGAAGGAGUAUAUGAAGUACAAGAACAACUCUCUGGAUUUGGCCCCUGGAUAUGUCAUUGUGCCUGAUCUACAGAUCUACAUCCCCGACAAGGAUUUUCGCGCUCGCUCAGCGAAUCUCACCCAGCAAACAUUUAACAUCUCCCAAACGACAGUUGUUUCCCUUAUUGAGAGUCUCAAGGAAGGAUUUUGCGCCCGAAGCAGGAACGGCACUGAGUGCGACUGGGAGAACCAGGUUCUCGUCUACCCGUCUCUCCCUGGCGAUGGACCACCAGGGUUCAUGUUUGCGCUAGGCGAAUCUACCGAUAUCCCGGGAACUAUUACCAACGUGGCAUCAAGUGUGACCAAGUGGAUGCGAGAUCGCAAGUCGAGAUCGCCACCAGUGAAGGGCGAAGAAACUAGAUCAAUCGUCGUCACGAGGGUUCGAUGGGCAUACUUGGCAUAUCCCACAGCGGCGCUCCUUGUGGGGUUCAUGUUUGCAAUACUGGCUAUUUGGGAAUCCAGUAACCUGAAGCGCCCUGUUUGGAAGGAUAGUGCUUUGGCCACGCUUGCGUACUCCCCUGACGGAGAGUUUAGAGAAAGGCUCAAGGAGGCGGCAGUUUCUGGGAAACUAUCCGAGGUGGCAAGAAACACGAACGUGAGUCUGGACUAUCAAAUGGGGCAUGGAAAGAUUGUAUCGAGGGGAGAAAGGAAACAAGGUGCAGAGAUUCCAUGCUGA